UAGGUUCGUGCCACAUUUCGUUGGUCCACACAACGCAACAGAAUAGAGUACGGAUUCCGUCUUCGUCCAAAGGAUAGAACUGCGAUCUCCAAGCAGUCCUCGCCUUCGUCGUCAAAAUCGGCAGCUGGGCCGCCGUGGCCAUGGACGGGCACGAUGGCACUCUCCUUGCCUGCCACGAAACCUCACACCAUAUAUUUCCGAGCCUGCACCCUUUCCGGUUCAAACUGUCUGGCCUCGAUGCCUGACACCGCGGACUACCGACUACUCGGGCCGCCGGAGGCUCGCCAUGCCGCGAUGAUCACGGUGGCGGCGCUGACCGACGAGGCGUCCUCUGGCCCGAAAGAUUGCAGCGUGAAGAGGGAGAGUGACGCGCUGGGGCCAGCGGGGAAGACGCGCACGAAGAAACGGUCGCCGACGUUCCUGUGCUCGGGGGACCCCGGCCUCGACUUCUUCCGCGUGUUGCCCGCCACGCCGGCCGCCACCGUGGCCAGGCUCCUCGCUGCCGCGUGGGUCGCCGACCCGUCCACCGCGCUCCGCCUGGUCGCCAACCUCCGCGGCGUGCGGGGCUCCGGCAAGUCCGACCGCGAAAGCUUCUACGCCGCCGCGCUCUGGCUCCACGCCCGCCACCCCGCCACGCUCGCGCGCAACGCCGCCUCCGUCGCCGCCUUCGGCUACCUCAAGGAUCUCCCCGAGCUGCUCCACUGGAUCGUGCGCGGCGGCCUCUCCAACAAAGCAGAAAGGAGGACGGCCCUCCUUGCCACCGGCCGCCGCGGCCCCUUUGGCCUCGGGCGCUACCGCAACUCACUCGGGCGCACCCGCAACUUCCGCAAGCGCAGGCCGCGCCCCAAGGUGGACCGUGCUGCGCGCGUUGGCACGGCGGAGGAGCGCCUCGCGGCAAAGCUGCGGCACGACCGGGAGCUCUCGGCUGCGGCGGCCGUGUCGCGCCGGAGCAAGAGGGUGGGUACCGCUGCGACGGCGAUUCGGCGUUACCGAUGCGACCCCACGUACCGGUUCCUGCACGACCGUACGGCCGACCUGUUCGCCAGCCUCCUCGUGGAGGACAUGCGCAAGCUCGCCAACGACGACGUCCGGGAGCUCUCGCUCGCGGCGAAGUGGUGCCCGUCGCUAGGCUCGUCGUACGACCGCUCCACUCUCCUCUGCGAGGCCGUCGCGCGACGCCUCUUCCCCAGGGGCUCGUCGCCAGAGCUCGCGGAUGAUCUCCCCGACGAACCUUACGCUUAUCGUGCGCGCGAGCGCCUCCGUAGGACGGCGCUCGUGCCGCUCCGCCGCGCGCUACAGCUCCCCGAGGUCUUCAUGUCGGCGCGGGCGUGGGAGUCCGUCGUGUACACGCGCGUGGCCUCGGUGGCCAUGAAGAACUACCAGGCCGUCUUCCUCAAGCACGACGCCGAGCGCUUCAACGCUUACCUCGCCGAUGUCAAGUCCAGCAAGAAGCGGAUCGCUGCGGGCGCGCUGCUCCCUCACCAGAUCAUCGAGUCCCUCGGCGAGGACGGCGACGGUGCCGGCACCGGCGUGGCCGACAUGCAGUGGCGGCGCAUGGUCGACGACAUGCGCGCCCUCGGCAAGCUCACCAACUGCUUGGCCGUGUGCGACGUGUCCGGCAGCAUGUCCGGCCUGCCCAUGGACGUCUGCGUCGCGCUCGGCCUCCUCGUGUCCGAGCUCACGGACGACCCGUGGAGCGGCCGCGUGAUCACCUUCAGCGAGCGCCCGGAGAUCCACUUGAUCACCGGCGACACCCUCUCCGAGAAGGUGGGCUUCAUGCGCGCCAUGGACUGGGGCAUGAACACAAACUUCCUGGCGGUGUUCGACAAGAUCCUCGAGGUGGCCGUGGGCGCCGGCCUGCCGCCGGAGAGGAUGGUAAGGCGGGUGUUCGUGUUCAGCGACAUGGAGUUCGACCAGGCAUCGGCUCAUCCGUGGGAGACAGACUACGAGGCGAUCGUGAGGAAGUUCUCGGAAGCCGGCUACGGCUCGGCCGUGCCAGAGAUAGUGUUCUGGAACCUGGCGUACUCCAAGGCCGUGCCGGUGAUGUCCGGCCAGAAAGGGGUGGCGCUGGUGAGCGGGUUCUCCAAGAACUUGCUCAAGCUGUUCCUCGACGGCGGCGGCAUCGUCACCCCGAGGACCAUCAUGGAGAAGGCCAUCGUCGGCCCGGAGUACGACAAGCUCACCGUUUUCGAUUGAAGAAGACAGCGGCAAAACAAAAACUUCCAU